UUAGACAAUUACGAUAAAAUUGAACACGACAUGUCGUUUUAGUUGCAUUUUUUAAUCAAACAAGACUGUUACAAUUUUAUAUUGUACCAAAAUAUUUUUUUUUGUCAGAAACGUCACUUGUCAUUUUUCCCUAACCUAAAAGUCUUAUAUUUUUCGAGUAAAAAUAAAAAUUUGUAAAUCAUAAAGAAAAGACCCACAAAUCGUAAACAAACUUAUAAUUUUAACGAAAAUGAUCAACAGUGAAAAUAAAUUCGGAAAUAAGAGAAAGGCCGUGGUGCCCCCUCAAGGAGUUCGAUGUCAGAAAUGUCUCGAGUAUGGACAUUGGUCUUAUGAAUGCAAGGGUCAAAGGAAAUAUUUGCACAGGUCUUCGAGGACACAACAAUUGAAAAAACGUAUGAAACUUGUUGAAGAGAAAGCAGCAGCGACUAAAAAUAAUGUACAAAACAACGAGAAAAAAGAAUCUAAGGAUUCUGAUAGUAGUUCAAGUUCAGAUAGUAGCAGUGAUAGUAGUUCCGAUUCUGAAAGUUCGUCGUCCAGUUCAAGUAGCAGCGAUGAAUGAUUUUGGAUGUGUAUUGCUUAUAAGUUAUAUGUAUUUUUUAAAUAAAUUUUUAUAGACAAUGAA